UAAAGAUAUUAUUAAUUUGUUAGAAUAUCAAAUGGCACCAUAACCAGAACCAAGUAAUUAAAGCAGUCAAUCUGUUGAAAAUAAAGAAGUAUAAGUUUCUAAUUGAUUUUAAGGUUUUCAGAUUCAUUUACAAGAACAGGGAAUACGAUGUGACAGAAUAUGUUCCAAAACAUCCUGCUGGUAAAUCCUUUUUUGAUAAAAUGAAGGAUGAGAAAUAAGAUUUUACAGAAUAUUUUAGGUAAUUGAAUUGUUUUAUUGAUAAUUUAGAUGCCUACAUUCCAAAAGAGCUUUGAAAAUAUUAAAAUCCUAAAAAGUUGUGAAUUCUAAUUUAAAGGAAUCAGAGGAAAGCAAACAAUAUACACAUAUAAAAAAAUAAGUAAAAAACCUUUUUGAACCCGAUUGGACAAUAGAACUUCUACUUUUUAUUGGAUUAAGUCUAGGUUUAUAUUUAGGAGUUACUAGUGAAUGGUAUAUAGCAAUUCCUACAAUUGCAUUGACCUAAAUUGUGGCUGGGUAAACAUUAGCUUAUAUUUUUAGAUGGUAAGGACAUUCCACUAAUCACAAUCGAAAUCCAUUGUUGUACAAAUUAUCUAUUCCUUAUGGAAUUAUUCAUGGUUUUUCCACAGAUUGGUGGUAAUUCAAACACAAUAAUCAUCAUAUCUUUACAAAUAGAAUUGGAAAAGAUGAUGAUAUUAAUCACCAAUAUUAAAUGUGGUAAUAUGGAUUUCUCUAUUUAAAGUAUAAAUAUAUUCAUAAUCUUAGAUGGAAGUUUGAUUCUUUUCUUUUUUCUUACAACAAAAUCGACAUAAUAUUUAUCUUUAUUCAUCAAUUAAUUGUAUUUUAACAAAAAAUAUGGAUUUAUGUUAUUGCUUAAUACAUAGCUGGAUUCUUUAGUGCAUGCAUAUUGAUAGGAAAUCACGAAAGAGAAUAUAAGUUCUUUAAUAAAAUUGACAAACCUUUCAUUGAACAUUAAAUUAUCACUUCUAGAAAUUAUGAUUGGACAGGUAAUUCUAUUUUUAAAUCUUUAGAUUGGUUAUCUAAUUUAUUAAUGGGAGGAAUGUAAUUUUAAACAGAACAUCAUUUAUUUCCUUAGAUUCCAUUCUAUCGAUUACCUUAUGCAGCUAAAAUUAUAAAUAGAGAAUUAAAUAAAUUUGGAUACAAAAUACAUGUUGGCAAAAUAUUAUGAUAAUAUUUAAACAAAUAAUAUA